UCAUCUUCAGCUAACUUCACAGACUGAAGCCUCAUUGUGUUUACUUCCUGGGUUAAAGGUGAAAUUCGUCAUUCGAGGUUCCUCUAGCGAAUCUGUGUUUUGUCUUGUUUAUGGAGAAGCUUUUAGUUGGUUUCUUUACUUUGAUAGAAAUUGCUAAAACUACGUGACUCAGUAAGUAAGCCAUCCGUUUAAAAUAUGUCGUCAAUCAGACCUGCUUUACCCCCGAUGUGCAUAAAGGAGGAGAGGGAUGACGACUCUGAUAGUGAUGAAGGAUUCUCUGGCCCUGCUUUGCCUCCUGGCUAUAAACUGGGAGAACCGUCGAGCUCCUCGGAUGACAGUGAACAGGAGGUGGCGGCCAAAAGAGCCAAAACAAGACACACAGCUGCAGAAAGAUCUGCAGACAAGGUGCAGAACACAAAGGCACAAGAAAAAGAUGAUGAUGGUUUCUUUGGACCAGCCCUACCACCAGGAUUCAGGAAACAACAGAGUUCACCAGAAAGACCGCCUGUGCUGGGACCAGCUUUGCCUCCUGGGUUUCGAAGAGCAGCGUAUGAAAACGAUGAUGACAAUGAUGGGGAAGAUGGAGAGGAUUUCCCAGGGCCUGCCCUUCCCCCUGGCUACCAGGCUGAGUCCUCCAGCAGCGAGGGAGAGGAUGAUGAUGUGAUUGGACCCAUGCCGCCAAAAGGGCCUAUUGAAGACUCCGUGGCUCUGGACUUUGAGCGCAGAGCACGAAGGAUGAAAGAGAAGCUGAUAGGAGAUGACACUCCUGAGGUGCUGGCCAGAGAAACAUGGAUGACAGAGCUCCCACCAGAACUGCAGCACAUUGGCUUGGGGGCUCGAACCUUCAAGAAGAAGUCGGGUCCAGAGAACAAGGAUCGCUCCAUUUGGACAGAUACACCAGCAGACAUUGAGCGCAAGACCAGGGAACAUCUUGAGCGAAAGAAGAAGGGUGAGGUGGAGAUAGACGAUGUCCCACAAGUCUCUAAGAGGGACGUGGAAAUGGCAGAUAAAGUAUCUAAGUAUAACGAGUCUAAACGUGCUGAGUCUCUGGUGAGUAUGCACACAAAGAAGAUGAAGGAAAAAGCAAAGGAGAAGGCUGACAAACCAGUGGAGAGGAGACCGUUCGAUCGAGAUGAAGACUUGCAGGUGAAUCGCUUUGAUGAGGCGCAGAAGCAGCGGCUGCUGAAGAAAUCUCAGGAACUGAACACACGAUUCUCCCACAGCAGGGACCGAAUGUUCCUGUAACAAAUUGUCAAAAUGUUAGAAAGAUGUUUGAACGGGCAGACCUUCAGUUACAGUCUGGCUGGUGAAAUUUUCAUACAGGUUUUGUAAAAUAUGGACUGUGUUUGUACAGAUACUCAUGUCACAAAUAACAAACAAACUAUAUAGACAUGGCAGACAGGUCCAUUUCAGGGAGUUUAUGUCAGUGACUGGGUGCCAUGGUACAGCAUAGGUUUUCAAACUGAUUCAAGUUAUAAAGCAGCAGCUGGUGGAGCUUGGGUUUUUUCAGGAGACACUGAAUUAGGGCCGAUGAUAUGGAAGGAAUUACUCAAAUAAAUGACAUAUUUUCCUACAUUGAUAUGGUUGAUUUUGUGAAACACCUUUUGUACAGAUUGCUGUAAAAUGCAUUGUUAUGCCGCAUGCACUCCCUGUAGCUUUGCAAUCUUCAAUGUGUCCAAUAAACUGCUUUU